AUGGAGAUGGAAAACAACCAAGUUUCAAGCCAGGAUAUUCUUGAACUAAUCCUCAGUAAACUUCCCUUGAAACCACGCACAAGAUUCAAAUGCGUAUCAAGAGUUUGGAACGCUUUGAUCACCGAUCUCCGCCACAUACAACCUCCCACCACCGCCUCCGGUCUCGUUUUCUCAUUCAAGAAACCUUCAUCAAUUAACCCGAUUUACCAGCUGAAUUUGCUUGAAGUCGUUCAAGACCAAAGCUUGAGCUGCUUUGUACACACUUCUCUCACGCAUGAACUUCCUUGGUUGAUUGAUUCUUGCAACGGUUUGCUUCUGUUCGGUACAAAGAAAGGUAUUUCUUUAACCUAUCUUGUUUCCAGUCCCGUCAGAAAUCAAUGGCUGAAACUCCCUCCUCCUGGCCAUGGUUCAUCGGUCCCAGUUUCUGCAAGUCUAGCCUUUGACGGGGUUCGACAACACUUUGACGUUAUAUGCCAGUUCUGGGAAGAUGCCGAUAUCAAGAACGGGACGCUCAAGUAUCAGAUUUUCUCUUCACAAUCUUGGCAAUGGAGGGAAUAUAAUGGAAAAAUACACAAUUCGGCUUUAUGUCUUAGCAAAGAUUUCAACAGAGAAGAAUGGUAUUGCCCGAGUCUUUACUGUAAGGGACGAAUGUAUUGGAUUUGGAGCCUUUGUUUGCUGGUUUUCAAUGAAAAUAAACUAUCUUUCGAGCUUAUGGAGUUACCGAAGACGAAGCUUCGUUUAACGUCUUUGUAUUGCGGGAAGCGUUUGUGGGAAUCCGAAGAUCAUCUUCACUAUUGUGAUUCGACUUAUGUGGGAUUCUAUAUAUGGGAACGCAUUGAAAUUGAUAACAGAAAUGAUUUCGGAUUGAAGUGGCGGCUCAAGAACUACAUUCGAAUGGAUGAAUUGGUGUCGAGAAACUACUACCCCGAUGAUGUGGUGUUUUUGAUCUCGCCUGUUUCUGUCAAGCCUUGUGCUUUUAAUGAUGAUUUGCAGAUUUUGUAUUUUCAGCUGCCUCGAAUCAUUGCUGCUUACAGUUUUGAGACGAGGAAAGCGGUGAAAAUACUGUCUGAUGAUGCAAUAGGUCAGAGUUCCCAUGACAACGUCUUUCCCUUUUUGUUCAACGCUGUUGAUUUGCAUGGAUGGGGUCGUUGA